AUGACGGCCUUGAUCACGGCGGUUGCUGAGGCCUGCUGCUUCUCCUGCGACUGCUGCGAUGCGCAUCCAAGAGACCUCGAGAGUAGCGCCGCGAGCCAGGUCCUCUUCAACACGUGCGUGUGUCAUACGAGCUAUAUGCUCGACGCCACCUUCUCCGACCUCGAGCCGCUCCCGCAGGACGACGGCCCCGUGCCUGUCGUGCGGAUCGCCUACCCGGACGGCUUUGAGGAGGUCAUGAGCUACUUUCGGCGCGUGGUUGUCACGGGGGAGUGCUCGCAGAGGACCUUGCAGCUCUCGGCAGAGGUGAUUGCGCACAACGCCGCCAACUACACCGCGUGGCAGUACCGACGCCGCUGCCUUGAGGCAAUGCACUCGGGGUCGUCCAACGCCGCGCGGGAGCAGGCAUGGCGCGAGGAGCUCGCCUUUUGCACGGCGCGUGGGCGCGAGAACUUGAAGAACUACCAGGUGUGGUUCCACCGCCGCUCCUGCCUCGCCAGGCUUGGCAGCGGCCCCGAGGCUGAGCUGGAAUUCGUGGCGGAGAUCCUGAGGGAUGACAGCAAGAACUACCACGCCUGGGGGCAUCGCCAGUGGGUACUCAGCUCAUGCGGCGGAUGGGAGGGCGAGGCCGCAUUUGUGGAGGGGCUGCUUGAGGAGGACGCCCGCAACAACUCGGCGUGGAACCAGCGCUACUUUUUGCUGCAGCACACCGCCGAUCUCUCUUCGCUGUCUGUCGCCGAGGGCGAGGUCGACUUCGCCGCCCGCUUCAUCGCUGCUGCGCCGGGGAACCCCUCUCCAUGGAACUACCUGCGCGGGGUGGUCGAGCCGCUGGGCUACAGCGCCGUCCCGCGCGUGCGGUUGCUCUGCGAGGGGCUGCUUGCCGGCGAUGCAGCGAGCGGGGCCGGCCGUGUCGCCGCCAUGUCGCUGCUAGUCGACGUGCUCGACGAGGGCGGCGACCCGGCGGAGCAGGAGCGCGCUCGUAGUCUGUGCGACUCGCUGGAGGAUCUCGACUCACUCCGUGAGGCGUACUGGCAGUGGCGCCGCUCGCGGGUUGGCGCCCAACAGCCCACAUCGCCUUAUGCGCAAUGA